GGGGCACACCUUCAUUCUGGGAAUUUAGAACCCGUUCAGUAUCAUCUUACCCCAGGGCUCUGUACAUUGCAGUUAUUCCACAGUGCCAAAAUGGCUGGCAGAAGUUCCAGAACAAAUGCUACUACUACGCCACUGAUGAGGCCUCCUGGGAAAGGGCAAAGAGUGCCUGCUUUAGCUUCAGUUCACACCUGGUUGUGAUGGAUGAAUCUGACACAGAUGAGCAGAAAUUUUUGUUUCCCAAAAGCAAAACCUGUUAUUGGGUUGGCCUCAAGCGGUAUACUAACGAAGGAUGGAGGUGGCUGGAUGGCACAUCCCUAGCAAAUAGUGCUUGGGUGCAAGGAAACGGAAGUUGUGUUUAUGCCUCAUUGCAGAGGAAAGUGACCUUGAAAACAAAGUCUUGUACACAUCUUUAUCAAUACAUUUGUGAAAAACAGCUAGCGUAAGAAAGAAGCAUUGCUUUUUGUGAAAUUUUGUAAGCUUUCAUUUGUGAGGAACUAUGUAGUUCAUCACUUGCUAGCCACCCUCCUGAUUACUUUUGAGAUCACUGCCCUGAAUAUGUAUUAAAGAAUAUAAAGUAUGCCAAUCAAGAGUUACUAAUAUUGAGAUAAAUAUGAUUCGCCUUC